AUGUUCUACAACUACUCUCUGCCAACGGAUCCUCGGCCUUCCAUUCAUUUGAUGCAUGUAGGAAAAGCGGGUGGUACAACACUCCGUGACUACGUCAUCAAGUGGAACAAUUGUUCCUUGCCUCCCAAGAAAAAACAGCACUGCCUCGAAAUUUUCAAUGGAGUGGAAGAAUCUAUGAUUUCCAAGUAUACCAAGGGCAUCACUCACUAUGAAAGAACCUUUGGCAAACCGCUCUCUUCCGAGGACAUACUGCUCUAUGUUGUCCGAGCUCCCAUUGAUCGGUUCGUUAGCUGGUGGGGGGCUACGUUUCCCAUCAAGUGUGUCGAGCAUGGCAAGUGCAGUGGGAAAAAACGGGCCCUUGCAAAGCACAUCCAGCAAUUCUAUUUGAAGUGUUUUCCCUCACUGGAAUCCUUCACCCAAGCAUUGAACCCCAGUCACAACCCAGCUGUCAAGGCACAAAAUACUUCUGAUUUGCUUAGCAACCAUACUGCUGCUGCCAAUGCUACUACUGACUACACCGACUGCAACCAACUACUACAGAGGGCAUUCCAAAGCGUGGGAAAGAGUCAUUAUGGACACUUGACGGCUGGAUACCGAUACUACUAUCAGUUGGCAGGUGGCCCAUCAUCCAUACGAAAUCAUUUCAUUGUCACCAUUCGAACCGAAUACUUUUGGGAUGAUGUGGUCCAAUUCGAUCUGGCGUUAGGAGGACACGGAGACUUUCACACUGUCAUGGGAAGGAAGAAAACCCAUGGCAGUGAAAAAUACUGGACCAAACACAACGAUACUAUUUCUCCUGCCAACAUGCCAUACGUGUGUUGUGCCCUAUGGCCCGAAAUGGUGGUGUAUCGAACCUUGGUGAAACAUGCAGUCAACUUGCUUCCCCAGCAACGGAUCCAAACGUAUCAAAAGACAUGGAAUCAAUGCCAAGUGCAAAGUUGGGAGGAAUUGGAACAAAUGUGUGAUGGACUAGAAACAUCGCUCAAGCUCAAAUUGUGA